GAUUCAACACCACCAGCUAGUAGCCUAGUACUUGCAGGCUUAAGGACCAGACAUCAGCGCACACCCAUGGCAACGGCAAAGAUCCCGAGGAACUUCAGGCUGCUGGAAGAGCUUGAGAAGGGCGAGAAGGGCGGAGACGGCGCCUGCUCCUACGGUCUUGCCGAUGAGGCAGACAUGAUGAUGUCAGAUUGGAACGGUACCAUCCUUGGACCAGCUCACAGUGUACAUGAGAAUCGCAUCUAUUCACUACGGAUCACCUGCGGGCCGCAGUACCCGGAUGUGCCACCGACUUUGCAAUUUCUGUCGCGCAUCAACCUUCCUUGUGUAGACCCAAGCAACGGCAAGGUGCUGGUGUCGCGUCUAGGAUGUCUCGCAAAUUGGAACCGCAAGUACACCAUGGAAACCAUUCUUCAAGAAUUGAGAAAGUGUGUCGCUGCCUCUCGUUGUCGUAAGCUAACCCAAUAGGGAUAUGGCCAGUCCAAACAACAAGAAGCUACCCCAACCGCAAGAGGGCUCUCAGUUCUGAUUGUCGCUCUCCAUGGCGCUUGUCCAGAAGUUGGCUUCGUACUCUGUCACUCGUCUGAAGAUUUCGACGAGCUCCUCAACCUUGCUAGGGGAACAUUGCAUCGCGUGUCUUUCACUUAGUGCUUCUCGUUAGCUUACUCAUGUCGCAACGUCCGCUCAAAUGUUACCUCUUCCUGUUUUCACUGCUUGAGUGUAGUCAUCGGCUGCAUAAUUCUGAAUCCAUGC